CCACCACCACUACUCAGUCGUAAGCUGGAGAGAGCGGGGUGAGGUAGUGUGUGUCGAGACCCCGCUGUACUUGAGGGGUUCUCUCGUGUUAGUGGUGCUGUAGUGCUGUGACUAGAGGUGCUGGCGUGGUGCUUGCGUGCUCAGUGGGGGGCUACACUAUCCAUCUAUCGCUCCUGGAAGUAUUAAGUGGCUCAAGUGAUUAUAAAGUGGUGUAAAAAGUGUUUAAGUGAGAACUUAUAUGAUUGCCCGCCGCUCCAGCCAGCCAGCCAGCCAGCCCGCCAACACCACCACCACCACCCUUUUGGUUCUUGCGGAAGUACGGUGUGGAGAGAGUGGCUGCCUCCUCCUCCUCCUCCUCCUCUCCCGGAUACCGCCCCCUCCUCCUCCUACUCCAUCCUCCACCUCCACCUCGUUCCCUCUUUCUACUUCUUGUUCUUUUUCUCCGCCUUUACUUUUCUCUCGUGUUUGUCUUUCUUUCUAUACCUAACUUUUCUUUUCUUGUUUUCCUCCCUGUUCUCUUUUCCUUGUAGUUUCUUUCAUUUUCUUCGUCUUCAUCCCUUCCUCUUUUUCUCCUAAUUCCUCCUCCUCCUCCUCCUCCUCCUCCUCCUCCUCCAGCUGUUGUCUCUCCACUCACCUCCACUCUCCUCCACCCAGCCAGUCAGCCACCCAGACUCCCUGCCGAUCACAGGAGAGUCGGCCGGGCGGUGAGAGUGAUGGGGAGGGGGAGGGGGAGUUGGAGGAUGUCUCCCCGCCCCUGGAAGACGUCCCCCCGCACCCUGCCCGCCGCCCCAUGAACGCCUUCCUUAUAUUCUGCAAAAGACAUCGAGCUCAGGUACGCGAGAGAUACCCUCACCUGGAGAACCGGCAGGUGACUAAGAUCCUGGGCGAGUGGUGGGCCGACCUGCCAUUCCACCAGAAGACUUCCUACACUGAGCUGGCCAAGCAGUACAAAGAAGCUUUCCUUCGCGCCAACCCUGACUUCAAGUGGUACAAGAUCCCCGCUCAGCCCCCACGCCCUCCCCCUGCCCGCCCCUCCAACCAGAAGGUUCCUAGAUGCAACCCACUGCCCACAGAUGGAGCAAUCACCUUCGGCAAGCUUGCUGACGAGGCUCAGAUGGGAGGCCUGAGCACCCUUCUGUCCACGGCCUCCAGCAGCACCGGCAGCAACACCACCAGCACCACCACCAGCAGCCUGGCCCCAAGCCUCACCCCCACCACCCGCACCUCCUCCCCCACCUCCCCCACCCACCGCCCACUCGAUGGUUUCCCACAGGCCGGCUCCCCUGCCCUCACCCACACCACCACCACCACCUCCUCAAUGAGUACAAAUACCGUCACCUCCACCACUCUGGCCUCCUGGAGUGGAUCCCUGCAGCGCCUCACCCCUGCCCCAGCCCCCAACCCACCCCCUGCCCCCGUGGAGGUCUCCCCCCCUGCCAUGACCCCUCCCAAGCCCCCAAAGAAGAGGUACCUGCAAGCGCAGCAUAACACCACCACCACCGCCGCCGCCGCCACCACCACGCCUGCACCCACACCUGCUGAGACUGACAAGAAGAAGAACAACAUUGAUGACAAGGUCAGAUUAAGCAACCAGUGGUCCCAGGGAGGCGGCGGCGGCGGUGGCAGCAAGCGACGGCGAGAAGGCGAGGGAGACGAGGCACACACACAGCAGCAGCAGCAGCAGCAGCAGCAGCAGCAGCAGCAGCAGCAGAAGAGAACUGCUAACGGCGUCCUGCCUCAGCACAGCAUAUCACCCACCCCACAGGACCCCAGCCCCUCCCUGGAGAGCCCGCAGUAUAACCACAACAGCCACACACCCCCCGCAGGACAGCCCCACUCGCCACCCGCAGAGGAGCAGCCUCUCAACCUGUGCACAGAAACCACGCUGUGUGCCUCCCAGCAGCAGCUCAUCAACAAGAUAGUGGACAAGAUGUGCCGUGCCGGGACACAAGCCCAGGGGCCUCACCAGACCACCGCCGUGCCCCAGACCGACGCCUCCAGGCCGCCAGAGUUCCCCACACGCUUCUUCCGGCCGGAGAACCUAAACAACAACAACUCCCACAACCACAACCAUAACAACAAUAACCACCACCACAACCAUAGUAAUAACAAUAACAAUAACACCAGCAACAAUAACAACAACCACAACAAUAACAACAACAACAACAAUAAUAACAACAACAAUAACAAUAACAACAAUAAUAACAACAACAAUAAUAAUAAUAAUAACAACAAUGAGACAAAGGAGGAGGAGGAGGAGGAGGACGCACAGAAGCCCGUGCCGCUGGACAAGGCAAUGGACACGGCGCGGAUCAACGGCAUGUGUGAUGUGAGCCUGCUGGUGUCCAAGGCCAUCGACAUGGUGAUAGACCGCGCCUAUGACGGCAGCAGGGCCGGCGGGAAGGCCGACGGCAACAGUCAGGGAGGAGGUGGUGGUGGCGGAGUGACCACCACCACUGCCACUACCACCACCACUACCAUCACCACCACCACCACCCCCACAGUCACCACCACCACUGCCACCACUACAGUUGCCACCACCUCCACCACCACCUCCUCCUCCACCACCACCACCAACACCACCACUGCUACCACCACUGCCACCGCCAACGGCCUGGGGAGCCCUGCACCGCGCCCCAGGAAGAGGACUAAAGAAGAGGCUGGGGAGGAGGGGGAUGCCAACAUUCAGAAGAAGAGGCGGGAUGGGGGAGGGAGCCGGCCACACCGAGGGGGCUCCAGGAACAGCCUUGGGGUGACAGGGGGCCGAUCCAGGGCGCCCCGGGCCUGCAAAGGAAAGAUCUACGAGGAACUCAUCUCAGAGGGAGUCCUGCCUGCCCCCCGGAGGUCCCGCACCAGAAACAGCCGGUUGGAGGAGUCUGAGUCAAACACCAACCAGGAGAGGGAGGAGGAGGAAGACACACACCAGGGUGAGGAGGAAGAGGAGGAGAAUGAAGAAGAGCAAAUAGAGGAGGAGGAGGCUCUUCAGACCAAACCACCAGAGGGAGAGAGUGGGGAGGUAGCAGGGAGGCGGACAGAGGAGGCAGGGAGGCGUGGCCGGAGACAGCUGAGGCGGCUACACCCUGAGGACUUCAACCUGGAGGCGCGGAUUGAGGCGCUGCCCUCCCUCAGUCUGGAUGAAUUCACCCGCCGCAAGAAGGAGAGGAAGCGCACCUCCUCCGCCUCCUCCUCCAGUCACACCACACCACAGCAGCCAUCACACCCUGUGGGAGCAGCAGCAGCAGCAGCUCCCAACUCCAGCCGCAUCACACCCCAGCCUGACCCUGCCUCAGACCCCCCUCCCCCCACCUCACCCACCACCACAGCCUCCACCACCACUCCCACCGCCACCACAGCCACCCCCUCCUCCACCACUACAUCAGCAGCCACCACUACAAACACCCCAUCCUCCACCAACACCUCCACCACCACCACCUCCACCACCACUGUUAAUGGGAGAGUUACUUUGGGGGCAACCAACAGUACCACCAACACCAACCAUAAUAGUGUUGGUGGUGGAGGUGGUGGUGAAACUUCUGAUAGAGAAACUACAACUUCUCCAACAUCCUCCUCCUCUUCCACCUCCUCCUCCUCCUCCUCCCUCCUCAGCACACAGCAGCACAGCCCCCCAGCCCCCAUCCUGGUCAGCGGGGGGGCUGUAUCACCAGGGGAAGGGGGAGGGGCAGGGGGUGAGGGGGAGCCGCUGAAAGGCUCACAGAAGCGCAAGGCUCGGAAGCAGACCAUCACGAGGCACGACCCCGUCAAUGCCCCACUGCGGAGAGACACUAGCGUGGUGGAGCAGAGCGUCCUCACCAGCAUGGGUCUGGCGGCCCUGGCGGAGGUGGCCCUGAGUCAGUCUGUCAUGAAGCUGUGAGUGGCAGAACAGCGGCGCCCCGUGAUGCUGGGCCUUCCCUCAGCUGCUGUCGCUGCCCAGGACACCACUCAGCCGUGCCUGCACAGGGCGUGCCAGGUCUUCGCUGCCCGGCGCCUCCGGGGCAUUGGCUCGGCAAGUUGGUGGACAGUGCAGCGGCAGGUUGACAUAAAUACCAAGUCACAGUAUUCCGAUGAUGAUUGCAGUGAAUCCAAAUAAAUGAAUCUAUGAAUCCCUUAGAUUUAGGAUGAAGGUGGAAGGAAGACAGGAACACUCAAAAUUCUCUCUGCCAAAGUCUGGUAGAGGCGCACUGCAACCAUGCGGCAUCAGAACGUUGUGCUGCGGCAGUGCCUCGCAGCACAUUACCACUCGUUCCUCGUUGUUUGUAGUAUCUUGGCUCAAGUGAAGGACAGACUUGUGCAGUGAACGCUGGCUGUCUGUGUGGGCAUCACUCGGUACUGGGGAGCCCAAAGCCCAUGCCUGCACCCCGGCCCUCCUGUGGGUGUGGGUGGCCCGGCGUGACUGGCUGGCCCUGGGAGGCAGCUGCAGGAGCCUCUCAACAACACAUUGUAACUGCUGUGUCUGCCAAGCCUCAGGGGAAAUGAGCAAUUUGUUGUGUGUUUCAAUCCUUAGUUUGUGUUUCUUUAUUUCCCCUCUUGUUGAGUGUGUGGGGAGUGUGUGAAGGAGUCUACGACUCACCAGCACCAAGAGCCUCACCAGCCGGACCUCCUGCAGGGCUGGCAGAUGGAGCGAGCCGAACCGUCGCGGCAGCUGUCCCUCAGUGCGGUGAGGGCAGAGUGCCUCCCUGCAUGCUGAGGGGCAGCGCCGGUGUGGGUGAGUCGAGUGCUCAAGAGGCGGUGAACCCAACUCUCUGUGUGAUGGUGUCUGUGAUCUGUGCCCUGGACCAGGCAGAGCUGCAGCACUCUGGUGGCACUCUGCACACGUAUUCAGUACCAAAUUUAUGAUUCCUGCGACAGGAAGACAUUAUGCUGUUUGUGGCAUAGUAGGAAGUGACCUUUUGUAAGCUGUAAGACUGAGAGUUUGUCCAACUCUCAACAACAAAGCUUAAAGAAUCAAUUACUUUUUAUUUUAUUCUAAUUUUCACAAACAAAACAACUUCCCUAUGAAGAGUGUGCUUCAGUAUUGUCUGUUCUUGUGUCUGAAUUCACUGAGAGUUUUGAAUCUCUACAACUUUUCCCAACAAGCUGGCGAGGUAGUAGUGCCAGCUUGGUUUUCUUACCCAGUAGAGCGUGGAGGGAGGCUAGCAGGGCUGGCCAUUUCCGUCAUGGUAGGCGGCUUGAAGCACACCACUUUAUUUUACUGAAUAUAAAAGGACUUUAUACAAAUUUUAAACUAUUUUCAGGUCUAUAAGGGAACACGAAUGUUCUGUGAAUAUAUCAAAUAUAUUGUUGUAAUUUUGAUAAUUAGUCUACUGAUGAAUAUAAUUUAGGCAGAAAUAACAGUGUAGACAAAGAGGUCAGCGGUUUUAGGACCCUUAUUUGGGUGUUAGACCUUGAAAAGGUCUCCAGCUAGCUGGUAGAGUGGUCAGGGUGACCUGCCUGCAGGGCACCACUGGUCCCACCCCACCCCAUCCCUCUCUGCCAGGCACCACCAGUGGGGCUGGUGGGGCAGGAUGGGGUGAGGGGCCAGCUGGGGCCCCCACACCACCCUGCCACUGCGGUAGAGGGGUACCAGGCAGGCACCUCUGUAGCAUACUGUUACCCUCACCUCCCAGGUAGCCCACCUCUAUAUUUGUAGAUUUGUCUCCUCUUGACACGCUUCACUAUUUUCUAAUGGCAGUUAUACAGGCUUUUAGAUAUGUAUUUUAUACCCUUGGUUGACCAUGUUGUUUUUCAAAAGCUAGCAUGUGUCUUAGUGUAUUUUCCUCGAGAUGACAGUAUCUUUUCUUAAUAGAUUUUGGAGAGCAAGCAUUACAUCCAGGGUUGUUGUGUUUGAAGGGAGAAGGUUGUUGUGUUUGUCCGUUACUUUGCUCCUGAGUCAGUGGUGAGCGGUGGCUGCCGGACACACACCACCCGGCGAGGAUCAAGCUGAUACAAAGCCCGUACCUGAUUCCUAGGGAAGCGAUUAUCUGUUGAAACCUUUAGUUCUGGUGAUGUCGGGUGCAGACUGUUGAUUUUUACAUCGUUAAUAGAGAACUCGUGGGCUUGGCAUCAUGUUUUGUGCUCACUGAUCAAGCCUGUGUAUUUUAGUGUGUUUUGUAGCCUUUUACUAAUAUGUAGUACUUCCACUGUCACUUAAGUGCACUUGCCAGAGAGUAAUACAAAGUUGUUUGAACUGAAAUUUCUCCCAACUUAAAGAAAGGUUUAAUCUAUUGAAAAAUUUCAGUUUCAACUUCAGGUACAGAUGAAUUCUAGGGCUCUGAGUUGACCUGAACCAAGGAGGGUGAGAGUUAGGAAGGGAGAGGGAGAGGGAGCGUUGGAUCACUUCCCUCCCUGGUGGGCCGCAGCGCCCCCCAAGGCCCGCCGCGGCCCGCCGGGGACGACUGGCAGGAGAACAACCCAUCUGGGAAAGACAAGUGUGCAUUUAUGUAUUAUAUUGUAAUAUAAUGAAGAGUAAAAAUUCCCUAUAUAUGCAGAUAUAUAUGAAUGAUAAUGUUAAUAAAUCUAUUUAUUCUAAACUAAAA